CGCAGGGCGCGGCCGGGAUUGGAGCGCGCGGAGCCCCGCCCCCCGCCCGAGUCAGACCCAACUUUCUCCCCCGCCCGCACCCCGCGCCCCGCCCCCCGCGCCGCUGCUCCGCUCAGUCCGCUCAGUCCGCUGGCCCCGCAGCCGCCGCUCGCCCGCGCCCCGGGACCCCCGCGCCCCGGGCUCCCAGCGCCCCGCGCCGACCCCGGCCGCACCAUGCAGCUGCUCCAGGAAUGGCUGCUCCUGCUCCUUGGCCCGUGGCUCCUGAGAAAGGCUGUGAGCGCGCAGGUGCCAGAUUCCGGAAGACCGCAGUACUUGGAGCUGCGCCCCGCCGCUGCGGGAGAGAGCGCCCCAGGCCACCAGCUCCAGGUGCCCAGGUCCCCAGAUGGCCUGGGCGCCGCCCGCGCUUGGAGCUGGGCCUGGCCGGCUAACCACACGGGGGCGCUGGCGCGCGCCGGGGAACUGCCCGCGCCGCGCACCAAGAGGAAGCCGUCCAUCAAGGCGGCGCGCGCGAAGAAGAUCUUCGGCUGGGGGGACUUCUACUUCCGAGUGCACACCCUCAAGUUCUCGCUGCUCGUCACCGGCAAGAUCGUGGACCACGUGAACGGCACCUUCAGCGUCUACUUCCGCCACAACUCCUCCAGCCUGGGCAACCUCAGCGUGAGCAUUGUGCCGCCGUCCAAGCGCGUCGAGUUCGGGGGUGGCGUCUGGCUGCCCGGGCCCGGCCCCCACUCCCUGCAGUCCACGCUGGCCCUCGAGGGGGUGCUGCCCGGGCUGGGGCCGCCGCUGGGCUUAGCGGCCGCGGCGCCGGCGCUCGGGGGCCCCUUCGGGGGCGCGCUGGCGGGCCCGCUGGGGGGCGCGCUGGGGGUGCCCGGGGCCAAGGAGUCGCGCGCCUUUAAUUGCCACGUGGAGUAUGAGAAGACCAACCGCGCGCGCAAGCACCGCCCGUGCCUCUACGACCCGUCGCAGGUGUGCUUCACCGAGCACACGCAGAGCCAGGCCGCCUGGCUGUGCGCCAAGCCCUUCAAAGUCAUCUGCAUCUUCGUCUCCUUCCUCAGUUUCGACUACAAACUGGUGCAGAAGGUGUGCCCAGACUACAACUUCCAGAGCGAGCACCCCUACUUCGGAUAGCGCGCUCCCUCCCUGCCCACCCCCCCCGUGCCACACCCCGCCCGAGCCCCGCCCAGUCCCUGCCCCCCCACCCCCGUCCUGCAGUUCCUCUCUUUUCAUUCUGGGGGCCGAGGGCAACGACCCUCCUGGAGGGCCAUAGGCCAGCGUGGGUCUCCCCUUCUUCCUGGGGAGUCACUAGGGGUCACCCGCUCUGUAGGCUACACCCCCAAAGUGGAGGGGCUUGAAAGCAGCCUCAGAACAGGUGGGGAUUAGGGGAGCAGUUCCAGCACCUCCCCACCUCCGUCCACUCUGGGUCGACCCCUCUGUGUCCUUGGCGAGGGUUGGACGCUCCCCUCGGCCCGCAGCUUUAAGGCCCGGCCUGCCCCCCUCACCACGCCCCCGCUCUCAUUGCCCCUGUCCUGCGCUAGACAUCCGGUUACACCCUGUCCCGCGUAGACUGUAUCCCUGCGCCCCACUGCCUGCGCUGUGCCUCCCCUCCCCCGCUGCCCCCUUGGGGGCGACUCCGGCCCUCGCCCCCCCGCCCACCCACUUCCCUCCCGUCCCUGCAAAGCCUGUGCCACCCGCUGCUUCCUCUCGGCGGUGUUUUUUCUACGCCAAAAACAGACGGGGAAGGGAACAAAAUAAAGUGAAAUCCAGUGCG